AUGGGCUCUACGCCACCUGCCUCCGCUAGCGCCUUGCAGGGAUCGACCCGGACAUCCACCAGGAGACCCCCAUUACCCACCUCGUCCUCGAGCUCCGCCGCUCCAAAUCCUUCUCCAGCAGCUCAAAUGCCUCCUUCUCCACCACUUCCACCUCUGCCACCACCAACACUACAAUCUUCGAGCCACGCUGCCGCUCGAGGUCCGGCGCUGAAACACACUCGUCGAGCUCUUCUACCACGACGACGAAAGACCAGCCAUCGAGUCGUACGCCAAGGUCGUCGUCGCCGAGCUCAAGAUGCUAGGAGGAGGAGAUGGGGACGUGGACGGGGAUGGAGAGAUAUUUUUGGCGAGAAUGAGAUUGUUCCGCCAGAUCUGGAGUACGACUACGAGGAGGAAGAAGGGUAG